CGCGGCUCUGACAUCCACAUGCUGCUCGGCCUGAAAAGGCAGGGGGGAGCCGGAGGGGAGGCAGAGAGCGCGAGCGAGGCGGCAGCCCGCAGCCCGCCCCAGCACAUCCUCAGCCGCGCAGACACUCGGCGAGGCGCUGCGCGAGGUGGAGGUGAGGGCGGGCGCGAGCGAACUCGGAGAGGGGCUCGCUCGCUCCCUGGCGAUCCCAGCGCCGCCGCACCACCACCAGCAGCAGCAGCGGCAGCGGCAGCGGCAGCGGCAGCGGCUUCCUUCCCCAGGCUCCCCUCGAGAGGCUGGCCGAGCGGGUGUAGCCGUUGGGGGAGGCUCCCGCUAGGGGAACCCGGAGAGCUCCAGAGCAGGGCGGCCGCCUCCCACCCCGGCCGGCCGGCGGUCGGUGUCCCCGCCCGCGUGUCCGUCCCGGGUGCCGGGCGACGUGUGUCAGUUUACGCCUCUGAGAUCUCACAGCUGCCUGGGGGCCGUGUGAUGCCCAAGGCAAGUCUUGGCUUUAAUUAUUAUCAUUAUUAUUAUUAUUACUACGCUUGGCUUUCGGGAAAUAUUCGUGAUGUUGUAGGAUAAAGGAAAUGACACUUUGAGGAACUGGAGAGAACAUAGAUGCGUUUUGUUUUUGAGAGGAAACCGUCCCCUCUUCCCGGCUUGCUCUCUCUCUGCUGAUUUCAGGAGCUGCCCUCCUCCUGGCGAGGUGGGGAUUCCAGCAAGAAUAAAGGUGAAGACGGGCCGCCAGGCCCCAGGAGAGAAACACUGACCAUUAGAGACUUUGGCAGAAGACACUGUAAGGAAGAAAAUAAGACAGAGAGAAAAACACAAAGACUUAUAAGCAAUUAUACAAGAAACCUACAAACCCAGCUCUGGAGAAAGCCUCCGUCUCCAAAAUGGAUAUGUUUCCUCUCACCUGGGUUUUCUUAGCUCUCUACUUUUCAGGACGCGAAGUAAGAGGCCAACCAGACCCACCCUGUGGAGGUCGUUUGAAUUCCAAAGAUGCUGGCUACAUCACCUCUCCCGGUUACCCCCAGGACUACCCCUCCCACCAGAACUGUGAGUGGAUCGUCUACGCCCCUGAACCCAACCAGAAGAUUGUCCUCAACUUCAACCCUCACUUCGAAAUUGAGAAGCACGACUGCAAGUAUGACUUCAUUGAGAUUCGGGAUGGGGACAGUGAAUCUGCAGACCUCCUGGGCAAGCACUGUGGGAACAUCGCCCCGCCCACCAUCAUCUCCUCGGGCUCCAUGCUCUACAUCAAGUUCACCUCCGACUACGCCCGGCAGGGAGCAGGCUUCUCCCUGCGCUACGAGAUCUUCAAGACAGGCUCUGAAGAUUGUUCAAAAAACUUCACAAGCCCCAACGGGACGAUCGAAUCCCCCGGGUUUCCCGAGAAGUACCCACACAACUUGGACUGCACCUUUACCAUCCUGGCCAAGCCCAAGAUGGAGAUCAUCCUGCAGUUCCUGACCUUCGACCUGGAGCAUGACCCUUUGCAGGUGGGCGAGGGGGACUGCAAGUACGACUGGCUGGACAUCUGGGAUGGCAUUCCAAAUGUUGGCCCCCUGAUUGGCAAGUACUGUGGAACCAAAACGCCCUCUGAACUCCGUUCGUCGACGGGGAUCCUCUCCCUGACCUUUCACACGGACAUGGCUGUGGCCAAAGAUGGCUUCUCUGCACGUUACUACCUGGUCCAUCAAGAGCCACUAGAGAACUUCCAGUGCAAUGUCCCUCUGGGAAUGGAGUCCGGCCGGAUCGCUAAUGAACAGAUCAGUGCCUCAUCUAGCUACUCCGAUCGGAGGUGGACCCCUCAACAAGGCCGGCUCCAUGGCGAUGACAAUGCCUGGACCCCCAACUUGGAUUCCAACAAGGAGUAUCUCCAGGUGGACCUGCGCUUCCUAACCGUGCUCACGGCCAUUGCCACGCAGGGAGCGAUUUCCAGGGAGACCCAGAACGGCUACUAUGUCAAAUCCUACAAGCUGGAAGUCAGUACUAAUGGCGAAGACUGGAUGGUGUACCGGCACGGCAAAAACCACAAGGUAUUUCAAGCCAACAACGAUGCCACCGAGGUGGUUCUGAACAAGCUCCACACGCCGCUGCUGACGCGGUUUGUCAGGAUCCGCCCCCAGACCUGGUACUCGGGCAUCGCGCUCCGGCUGGAGCUCUACGGCUGCAGGGUCACAGACGCCCCCUGCUCCAACAUGCUGGGGAUGCUCUCGGGCCUCAUCGCGGACGCCCAGAUCUCCGCCUCCUCCACCCGCGAGUACCUGUGGAGCCCCAGCGCAGCCCGCCUGGUCAGCAGCCGCUCCGGCUGGUUCCCCCGGAUCCCUCAGGCCCAGCCGGGUGAAGAGUGGCUUCAGGUAGACCUGGGAGCACCCAAGACGGUGAAGGGCGUCAUUGUCCAGGGAGCCCGUGGAGGAGACAGCAUCACCGCAGUGGAAGCCAGGGCAUUUGUGCGCAAGUUCAAAGUCUCCUACAGCCUCAACGGCAAGGACUGGGAAUACAUCCAGGACCCCAGGACCCAGCAGCCAAAGCUGUUUGAAGGGAACAUGCACUACGACACCCCUGACAUCCGGAGGUUCGACCCUGUGCCGGCGCAGUUCGUGCGGGUGUACCCCGAGAGGUGGUCCCCGGCGGGGAUAGGGAUGCGGCUGGAGGUGCUGGGCUGUGACUGGACAGACUCAAAGCCCACGGUAGAGACGCUGGGACCCACCGUGAAGAGCGAAGAGACAACCACCCCAUACCCCAUCGACGAGGAAGCCACGGAGUGUGGGGAGAACUGCAGCUUUGAGGAUGACAAAGAUUUGCAGCUCCCUUCGGGAUUCAACUGCAACUUUGAUUUCCCGGAGGAGCCCUGCGGUUGGAUGUAUGACCAUGCCAAGUGGCUCAGGAGCACCUUGACCAGCAGCGCCAGCCCAGACGACCAGACGUUUCCAGAUGACAGGAACUUCCUGCGGCUGCAGAGUGACAGUGGAAGAGAGGGCCAGUAUGCGCGGCUCAUCAGCCCGCCCGUCCACCUGCCCCGCAGCCCCGUGUGCAUGGAGUUCCAGUACCAGGCGACGGGCGGCCGCGGGGUGGCGCUGCAGGUGGUGCGGGAAGCCAGCCAGGAGAGCAAGCUGCUCUGGGUCAUCCGCGAGGACCAGGGCGGCGAGUGGAAGCACGGGCGGAUCAUCUUGCCCAGCUACGACCUGGAGUAUCAGAUUGUGUUCGAGGGAGUUAUAGGAAAAGGACGCUCGGGAGAGAUUGCCAUUGAUGACAUUCGGAUAAGCACUGAUGUCCCACUGGAGAACUGCAUGGAACCCAUCUCAGCUUUCACAGGUGAGAAUUUUAAAGGGGGCACCCUCCCGCCAGGGACCGAGCCCACAGUGGACACGGUGCCCGUGCAGCCCAUCCCAGCCUACUGGUAUUACGUAAUGGCCGCCGGGGGCGCCGUGCUGGUGCUGGUCUCCGUCGUGCUGGCCCUGGUGCUCCACUACCACCGGUUCCGCUAUGCGGCCAAGAAGACCGAUCACUCCAUCACCUACAAAACCUCCCACUACACCAACGGGGCCCCUCUGGCGGUGGAGCCCACCCUAACCAUUAAGCUAGAGCAAGACCGCGGCUCGGGCUGCUGAGGGCUGAAGCAAGAACAGCAGCCAAAACAAACAAGAAAGACUGCAAACACGUUGCCUCAAUUUUGCACUUUUUCCUCCUCGCCUAGUCUCUGUUGUGAACUCUCAGACAUCUCUCUCCUGGGUCCCCAACCCUGGGCACUCUUAGCCAUCCCAACCAUCCCCCUUGGGUUCAUUUUGUUUUUUUCAUUUUUUUCUUUUCCCUUUGGUUCUUUUUGUUGAUUCCAAACCAACAAAACCCAAUUCUAAUGCUGCAUCUUGGAAUAGAAGAAGAGACCCACCCCUAAGCACUUCACCACCCAAGGCUCCGCUGGUUUGUUCCAGAGACUGGUUCUCUUGUUUUUCCCCCUUGCCUUAUCCCAACCUCCUCUCGGUGGGCAGUCUGCCAGGAGACUUGAGGGGAAACCUGGAUCUGUGUGUCUGUACAUAGUACACAUUUGCACGUGAGGAGAGCGCUGUGUGUGUGGGUGUGUGAGAGAGAGACUGGCUCAUUGUGUGGGGGAGUGUGUGGGUGUGUCCAGACAGGGCCCCUUUAACUCUUGUGUUACUUCUCCUGGGGUACAUUUUACAAGAAAAUAAUAUACUGUACAAGUUUUGUUUACUUGGAGAAGAGAUUGAAGCUUUUUGUUGCCUUAUCUAGCUCUGGCUGGGUUUCUGUUGGCUGUCAUUGUCAUCUCCAGGUACCUAAAAUAAAUAGAGGCCAUAUGGAAUGCAAUGUGGCCUCCCCCGUCCCUAUCCCCACCCCCAACCCACCCAGCCCACGAGGACGUUUCUGCAGCACCCUCAGAUGUGACCCCUUGUCACGUCUCCCGGCCUCUUUGAAGCAUCAAGACAACAGCCAUUGGGUGUGAGUGGAGCCACCUCUCCUUCCAGCCCCGAAGCAAAUCUGUCUCAUGUUGCCUUAUAAAAGAGAAGCUCAUAAUGAAUGUUUAGCUUUUAUCAGUUAAGUCCAAUCUUGGAAUAAGUCAUAGAGAAUAACGAAUCUGGGACAGGUGUAGGAAAAGCGGAAGUCUGUUUCAGUUGAGAGCAGAAGGAGAAGUUGAACGAGAGAAGGGAAGAGCAGGAAGAACUGAAAUGUUGUCUCCUCACCCCAGGGGUGGGGGGUUCGUUGGGCCCAUCUCGGGCUGGGGUUGAGGGAGAAGGCUGAAAACCGUAUUCUUUGGUAUUAUGUGGGUAUUGUAAUAGCAUUUGUAAAAUACGGAGGGGAAGAGGGAUCAUUUGCUUUCGUUUCAUGGUGUUAAUGUGUGCUGAGUCUAUAGCCACUAACAUGUAUGGCUGCCCACCUGACUUGUUUAAAUAUUAUGAGAGAAUAGACAGUAAUCGUGCUCUAAGUGUGCCAGUGUGCUACCCCUUGAAGCAUUCGUGGCACAUGGCGAACAGAGCUUGCAGGCUGGCCUGGCCUGCGCAGGUGUUGCCGCAUCGCCAGAGAAGGUGUGAGGAAGCUAUGCCCACCGCUCCUCAUCUGUCCUCCCUGAGCAACUCAAGGAGAGGGAUGUAAGAGAGAAAUUGCUAAUGAUACUGUAGAAAGCAUGGAUUAAAUAAUGAAGUCAGUUUCAUUGACAGAAAAUGCAUAUUUUAAGAUUCUCAGCGUGCUAGGACUCAGCCUUGGGGGAGUUUUUCACCUUCCUGCUAGGAAUCCACUGGGGAGGCAUGGCAUUCUCUCCAAAGAUGGCUGCCUGGGUGGGAAGCCUCCAGGUACCUUCUGAGAACAAAAUACUAAUGAUUUUUUUUUUCUUUUGGCUGCUUGGGAGAGAGACUUUUAGCAUUCUUUCGGAAUAUCCAGAUAGGCCCCUCUAGCACACACACUCAGCUUUCUCAUCUGGUUCGUUUCAUCCUCCUGAAAGAACAGUGCUCUCCCACUCUUAUUCUGUUUCAAAGAGCUACUCUGUCUCGACCACAGCAGCCCUGCCAAGAAAAGAAAAGAUGAAAGGCUAGAGCAUGCGCUACCUUGACAUUUCAAGGAGUGCCCCCCCCCAGCUGAAGAUGGAGAAAGAAGCGGGGGUGGGGGAGGCCAGCAGCCCAGGGUGCCAUGUGAUGACCAGCAUGCCAGUCACUAAGGUUUUAUCUCAGCUGUCCACAUUCCCACAGAAUGACUGGCAUCCCUGCGGGUGCCCCUUGAAGGUGUGGCAUCAAGAAAUUACACCUGGAAAAUCUAGCCAGUGUGGCGACUGGCUGAGUCACCAGAUACCCUUGAGGUUUCCCCUUCUUUAAAAGAAGAUGACAACAACUUUGUGAACUGUCUGCAUCUUUAUCUGAUGCCCCCUGUGGCAUCAUCCUUAUGUACAUGCCAUAGUUGAGAAUUUGAGACUGCUCAAGUCCUUGUGAAUUCCAUGACACACUUCAGCUGGGGAUGUCUGUCUGUCUGUCUGUCUCUCUCUCUCUCUUUCUCUCUGCCUCCUCUGUCCACCCCCACCCCACCCCAGCAAUGUUCUAUCCAGGUACUGUGCUAAAAGGACAGUUCUUCUGUAAAAUGCCAUGCUUUGCAGCUUUAAAAAACAAAAUUCUGUAUUUCAUGAAGGGAGGGAAGAGUCACUCUCCUCUAAGAAAAAUAGACGGGGCAGGUGAAUGCAUGCAUGCAUGUGUUUGAGUUGCUUCUCAAAAGACAAUGAGGUGAUAGCAACUACUAAAAUAUGAAUGGACGAAUGAAUGACUUGAAGGCCUAGCUGGGGCUGAUAAAGCUUUUGCCUUAUUAGAGGUUUCAUGUCAACACCUUCAGGAGGGAAGCCCUUAUCUCUGGGGUGAAAAUCCCGUUCUUGAUGUUAAGCUAGCAAUUACCAUCAUCUAAUUGCUGGCAAAGGCAGAAAAAGAAAAGAAAAAAAACCCAUAGCAUUGCCAUUGACAAAACAGGAUGCUGAAGAUAAAGUAAAAUUGUCUUUUCCCUUGUUUCACAUUUUUGGGAUUAAAGCCAGAAUUGAAUAGGAAAUCCAGUAAAAUUCUGAGGUUGAUAACCCAUCUCUAAAAAGACCCUGUCUUUCACAUGAAAUGAGCAGGCAAACACCUAAAUAAUCGAAAAUUACCAAAGAACAACAACAAAACAAGAAAACCUAAAGAUUUUUACUUCCUAUUCUUAUCCCUCUCCCUACUACUGUGACAUCCUUGCAUUGCUCAGUUGCCUGUGUGUCAAAAUAACUUGUGGACGUUGGAAACUAUUUGAAAAUGUAUUGUGUGGAAUGUAAUAAAAUGAUGAUAUUUUUAUACAAA